GGGUCACAUGAUCCUCCACUAAACGCCAAAGUCCUGGGCGAGCAGCAGCAGCAGCGUAAACCUCAACCUCAACCUCAACAACCUUACUCGCUUAACUCGCCUUUCGGAAGCAGGGGCAUUGUUUUGUUGUCUUUCAGUCAGCCAGCGCCGAGGGUUUUUAACCGCUUUCCCGUGCUCUAGUUUCGACGCUCAGUUUAGCAUCAAGACAGUUAGCUUACUAGCUCUGUUUGCUGCAGUUGUUCAGUUCAUUUUCGAGCCUCAUCUGACCGGCAGUGACUGGGAGACCAACAUGACGGCCACCGGCGGUGUCCACACACGGUGUCUGACUUUUACCCUGUAUCUAAUUUUAGCCGCUGUAGCCGUUCACCAGAGUUUGGCUACCAUGUCGCCGCCCACCACUGCGCCACACAAGGACCCCGGCAGACCGGAGAGAGGGCGCUACCAGGUGACCGGCACUAAUGGCAGCGUGUGCUUGCUGGCGCACAUGGGCCUCCAGCUCAACAUCACUUUCAGCUCCGCCUCCGUAAACAAGACGGUGCAAGACGUCAUCAACCUCAAGCCCAACGUCACGAAGACCUCCGGGUCAUGUGACGCAGAAAGCGCCACGCUGCGCCUCUCGGCAGAUGCCGAUAAAACCAACUUGACCUUUGUCUUCACUCUGAACACUACAUCCAACAAGUACCGCGUGAAUGCAAUUUCACUGUCAGCAGCCUGGCCAGACAUGAAAGAGCCCUUCUCAGCAAGUAAUGGCAGCCUGGACUACCUCCGCGGAACCUUGGGCUACUCCUACAUGUGCCGUGAGGAGCAGACUCUCGACGUGGUCCAGGCCUUUUCCAUCAACACCUUCCAGUUGCAGGUUCAGCCCUUCGGCCUCAGCGGCAACCAGUUUGGCACGGCCGAGGAGUGCCAGCUGGAUGAAGACAACAUGCUGAUCGCCAUCGUGGUGGGGGCGGCCCUGGCCGGUCUGGUCCUCAUCGUGCUGGUGGCCUACCUCAUCGGCAGGAGGAGGAGCCAUGCUGGCUACCAGACCAUCUGAGGUGGCGUCCGCUCGCAUGUCCCCCUACCCCGACCCGGCGUUUCCCUCUCCGCCAUUAACCGCGUUUAACUCCCCACACGUGUGCUGCUGCUCACUCCCUUAGCACUUGGGGAUGUGCUUUCUGAACUGAUACUCAUCUUAAUGAUAAUAAUACAAGGGAUGUUGUUGGGAGGUGACGUGAGGAAAUAUCUGGGUAAGCAAAAGAAGAAUCUUCAUUAUUUUGUUGUAUUUAUGCAUUUCUAAAGGGAAUUAUGGGAUUUCGGGGCACCUGUUACUUUUUUUUUUUUUUUUUUUGGAUGGUAAUUUAUUGUGAUUUUGUUUAUUUAAGUAACAAUAACUGGUGUUCAUUGCCGUGAAGACACUGUUUCACAUUUGGUUACAUUUGUGUGCUUCGUCUCCUACUAUAUACUCCAAUGUCGGUCGGCUUGUCUUGUCGUGAUUGUGAAGUCUCAGGAAUGACCGGUGGCAAUGUUGUUGCAUAUGUUACCAAGGCGCACUAGUGGGCGGGACAGGCAGUUGGAAUUUUCAAUGCAAAAUUGCUAAACUACUACGCUUGUUUAGAUAAGGAAUUUGCAGUCAAAAGGCAGCUCAGCAGCUAAAUAAAAAAAACAAAACAAAAAAAA